AUGUGUGGUGGUUUGUAUUGUGAAGUAGUAGUACCUAGUGGGAUUGGCAGUGGUAGUAGUAAUAAAAAAGAGUGUGUGAUACAGGAUGGUAAAAGUUACAAACGCACAGAAGUCGUGAGGAGGAGGGAGAGAUUGAAUGGAUGGAUGUAA